CCAUAAAACGUUGGAAGAUAACCUUUAGAAUUUUUAUAAAAAAUAUGCAUAACUACUGAUUAAAUCAUUUCAAGCAUGAAUUUAUCAUAGAAUAUUAUAAUCAGUUGUAUUCUUUGCCAUCAUCUAUAUUUCCCCAAUAUAUUUUUCAAUUUUUUUCUUCUGUAUUCGAGCAUUCUAAAUAAAUGGAUUUAGCAUACCGUUUAGAAGGCGCAGUAGGAAAUUUUUGUUUUUGAAACGGUAACUCUUGGCAACUAAUUCGUUCGAUAUGCAGGGCACGGAACAGAGUAAUUCUCAAGCAGAGCCUUUAAAGGCACCUGGCAGCAGCAACUUGCGGAAAUUUCUGAUUCUAUUGUACAAAGGAUUUCUUCUCAGAAAGCGGCACUACAUAAUUACGUUUUUUGAAAUCGUCAUCCCCGUAUUUAUAGCUUCCAUCCCUGUAAUCAUUGAGUCGGAAUCGUCCAAUUACUAUAAAGCAAACAACAUGAUAGAUGGCAGGUCAACAGGAUCCUACUGGAGUAAUAUAACUACAUACAAACCGUUUGAUCCAUUAAAAUUGCGUGAGCGAGAGUCAUUUAAAUUGGAAUUUUUGUAUACACCAUCAAAUGGACUUACUGAGAAAUUUGUGAAUGAUUCGAUUGAGUUGUUUCUAAGAAGUAGCAAUCACAGAGGAGAAAUAACUACAAAAGGCAUGGACUCUGAAAAGGAGAUGGAAAGCUAUACAUUAUAUAUAUCAAGAAGACAGUUAGCUUUUAUCGGAACAGUUUUCCAUGACUUUGACGAUAAACUGCCAGAGUAUUUGGAUUACAAGAUUCGUUACAGAGAAAAAACUUGGUUCUAUGAACCGUACUCCUUUGAAACGUUCAGAAAAUAUCGUAUGAACGGUCCACAUGAUAAAAAUGAUUAUACCGCGUCUUUAUUCCUUACUUGGCAAACCGCAGUAGAAGAAACGUUUAUCCAAAGAAAGAUGGAAGAACACAAUAAACAAUUUAAAUAUAAAGUGUGGAUGCAGCAGUUCCCUUACCCUAAGCACAAAGAAAGUGCAGCUAAUUUCAACUCAAUGACUAUUGCUUCUUGGGUCGUGUAUUAUGGGCACUUGAUUUUCAUUCUCAAUAUUGUAAAGAGAGUUGUUGAAGAGAAAACUAACGGAUCAAAGGAGCUUCUGAAAAUGAUGGGCAUGACAAACAGCACCUACUGGACAAGCACAUUCAUGAACUAUUUUAUUAUUGCUUUCAUCAAUGCUCUGGUCAUAGUAAUUCUCUAUAAAUCUCCAAUGAAAAAUGCAAUUGUGUUUGUGAAGCAUUCGAAUUUUAUGAUUUUAUUCAUCGUUCUGCUGUUAUAUCUAGCCAGUAUAAUACUGUUUUGCAUGAAUUGCAGUAUAUUUUUCAACCGGGCUGUUUUUGCAAUAAUUGCUAUGUUAAUUAUUUGCGAUGUCUCCUUUUCGUCGCUGAUGUCACAGUAUUUUUUUCUGAAAACCGAGGAUUAUUUUGCGUUAUCUGUGGGAAGUAAACUAGAAAUCUGCUUAUUGCCACCAGGCGCUUUGCUAACAGCUUUCCAAAUUAUUAUUGUGUAUGAAGCAAGUGCUGAAGGUGUUCAAUGGAAUAAUAUCGGUGAAUUUUCAUUGAUACCAGAUAUGAAUAUGUCGAUGACUUUGUCUAUGAUGUUGGUCUCUUGCGUUCUUUUCAUGUUUGCCAUCUGGUACCUAGAUGCUGUCUGGCCUUGGCAACCGGGUGUUCCUAAGCCGUUCUACUUCUUAUUCACAAAAAAUUACUGGUGUGGAGAACCAUCUAAUCAUGAAGAGGACAUACAACUAACGGGAAAGGAUAACAGUUCUGAGUUUUUUGAAGCCGAACCGACUGAUAUGUAUCCAGGUGUAGUGAUAAAUAACUUGUUUAAGGAGUUCAAAUCUUCACUUGCUGUGAAUGAUGUGUCUCUAAAAAUAUAUCAAGGCCAGAUUACUGCACUUCUUGGACAUAACGGAGCUGGAAAAACCACAACUAUCAAUAUUCUUACAGGUCUGUACACUCCAACCAGUGGUACCGCAUCUAUAAAUGGCUUCGAUAUUCUGAAAGAAACGGCUAAUGCUCGUGGUGAUUUCGGUAUUUGUCCACAAAAUAAUGUUUUAUAUGACACUCUUACUGUGGAAGAACAUUUGAGAAUAUAUGCUGCAAUGAAAGGAGUUCAGUGGAGUCAGCUGACUAAUGAAGCAACCCAAGUCAUAAACAUUCUAAAACUGGCUGACAAAAGACAUGAACUGGUGAAGAAUUUGUCUGGAGGAAUGAAAAGAAAAUUGAGUCUUGGAAUUGCAAUCGUUGGCGGAUCGAAAGUGUUGUUUUUGGACGAGCCAACCUCUGGCAUGGAUAUAGAGGCCAGGCGAGGAGUAUGGGAUGUCCUGCUUGAAAUACGGCGAGAUCGUACCAUAAUUCUUACAACCCAUUAUAUGGAGGAAGCAGAUAUUCUUGGAGAUAGGAUAGCCAUCAUGGCGGAAGGACAGAUACAGUGUUGCGGGUCACCUCUGUUUCUCAAACAGAAAUUUGGAACUGGAUACCAUCUUCAUGUUGUUAAGGAUCAACGCUUUAAUAUGCAAGGUUUAAGUUAUCUUCUGCAAAAGUACGUUCCCGAUGUUACCGUUGAGAAUGAACUGGAGAAAGAUAUCUCCUUCAGACUGCUCUCAGCCACUGGCGAGGAAUUUGCAGAUAUGUUCGAGGAAUUGGAAAGUCACAAGGACGAACUUGGUGUCAUUUCUUUCGGAAUAACUGUAACAACAAUGGAAGAUGUUUUUUUAAACGUAUCGAAAAUUUCUGAUAUGAAGUCUGAUCCUCAAUCGAAUAUGUUAAACCACGAUAUUAACGUGCAAGUAGAAGAUGUCUACGGAGAUACUGCUAAAGCGAAACCUGAACCUCGUCUUGUCAAUCAGUUCAUGGCAUUACUUAUGAAACGCUUUCACUAUGCUAAAAGACAUUGGGGACUUCUGAUUGCUCAAUUAAUCAUUCCAUUUCUCAUUAUGUGUCUAUGUUUCAAAAUUUUACAAUCUGCUGAAUUCAAGAGUAAUAUGGAUCCAUUAAAACUUGAUAUCAAAUCUGUAUAUGGUAAAACGGAUGGAUUUUAUUACCAAGAAAAAGCAGAGCUUUCCAAUUUCGGAGACAAAUUUCGGAAUGUUUUGGAAUCCAAUAAAAUAACAGUUAAAAAGGUUACUGAACCAAGUCAGUAUAUUUUGAAUUAUGGCACUAAAACUCUUGCAAAAUAUCUUAAGACAUUUCUGGUAGGAGGUUCCAUAGACAAAGACCUGAAUGGAACGAUUAAUAUGACAGCUUGGUUCAAUGGUGAACCUUAUCAUGCUGCGCCAAUGUCUCUUCUUCUGAUGCAUACUGCUAUAUUGAAGUCGAUUUCUAACAUUGGUGGAAUUUCAUUAGUUAAUGCUCCAUUGCCUAAGCCUGCGAGUGGAUCUGAACACCUCUCAGAUAUUAUUCAAACAUUGGCUAGAAUACUUGCUGCUAUUUUUGUUCCAUUGGCGUUUUCUUCCUUGUCCGCGGGUUUUAUUUUAUUACCAAUACAUGAGAGAGCCACAAAAGCGAAACUGUUACAGUUAAUGAGUGGAGUUCCAGCAGCGAUAUACUGGAUUGCGAUGUUUGUCUGGGACUAUCUGACGUACUUCAUUGUCUGCAUUUUGAUGAUUAUACCUUAUGGAAUUUUUGCCAACUAUGUCUUCUUUGGGGAGCGUUCAGAAGCUAUAGGUGCUGCUUUGCUGUUGAUGUUCUAUUACGGUUGGGCUUCGAUACCGUUUAUCUAUUUAUUAUCAUUUGGAUUUCAAGGAGGAAAUUCUGGAUUCGCUGCUGUUAUAGGAAUAUGCGUUUUUGUUGGUACUGCUUUGGGAUCAAUUGGAUCAGCUGUUAAAUUUGCGUUUCCUGGCAAUCGAUUUGUGAAUCUUCUCAUUUGGAUUUUUCGUUUUCUACCACCUUUCAGUUUGUCAACUGGAUUUGCGAAUCUUUUUGCAGUUGCUUAUCCGAAUGCCUUUUGUGAAAGUAUUCCGAAAGGAGAUUUGGAAUUUAACUGUAAUCCGUCUAAUCUAGACAAAAGUAAUCCGUUGUUUAGGUGCUGCAAAGAGGUGUGUGGAGAUAACUGUUUUAAACUAAUCUAUCCCAUCACCUGGGAUGAGAAUGGUUGUGGACGUGAGAUAUUCGCAUUGGCAUUCAGCGGCUUUAUUUAUUUUGGCAUUUUGAUUCUGAAAGAAACACCUUAUUGGACUUAUUUCUCCCGAGGUCUGAAAAAACUGAGAGGAAGGAACACGAUUCCUAUUCCGCAAUUCAUGCAACAAGUAAGUGUUGUUGAAGAUACUGAAAUUCUUCAGGAGGAAGAAAGGAUUCGGAACAUGAUAGCGACUCGUCCCUCAUCCGGGGAGGAAGCCUUAUCGGUAUUAAACUUGUCAAAACAGUUCUCGAAUUUUUGUGCUGUCAAUAGGUUGUCGUUUGGCAUUCGUCAGGAGGAAUGUUUCGGUCUUCUAGGAGUGAACGGAGCUGGGAAGACAACCACUUUCAGGAUGCUGACUGGAGAUUGUGAACCAACCAGUGGAAAUGCUUUCAUUCGGAAUAGUUCAGUGCUAACAGAUUUGAAAAGGUUCCAGUCUUACUUGGGUUACUGUCCACAAUUCGAUGCACUGAUUGAUCGCUUAAGUGGUCGAGAGAUGUUGAUGCUUUUUGGUCAGCUAAGAGGUUUAACUGGUCUUAGUUUGCUACAAAUAGUAGAUAAAUUGAUCAAAAUGACUGAUUUAACUAAACAUGCCGAUAAGCAGACGCAGUUUUACAGUGGUGGAAAUAAAAGAAAGCUCUCUGUUGCAAUCGCUCUCAUCGGAUCGCCACCUUUGAUCUUACUGGAUGAACCUACAGCAGGGGUUGAUCCUGUGUCUCGCAGAAAGAUUUGGAGUAUACUCUCACAAGCACGGAAUAACACAGGAGCUGCAGUUCUACUUACGACCCACAGUAUGGAGGAAAGCGAAGCGCUCUGCAACCGGCUAGCCAUCAUGGUGAAUGGUCGUUUCCGUUGUCUGGGUUCUAUUCAACAACUCAGAUCCAAAUACGGCCAAGGAUAUACCUUGAUCAUUAAAGUGAAAAGAGAGGACCAACAAAAUAUUCAAAAAGUAGAGGCGAUCAAAUCUCACAUUCAGAGUAAUCUCCAAGGAGCAAAUUUGAAAGAUGAUCAUCAGGGUAUGCUUCAAUAUCAUAUCGUCAAUCCGUCCAUUACUUUGAGUUAUCUUUUUAAGUUUACGUCGAGGAUGAAGAUUCAAUUUGAAUUAGAGGACUACCUCAUCAGUGACACCUCAUUGGAGCAAAUUUUCUUAACAUUCGCACGUGCACAAAGAAUUUGCAGAUAAUAAACUUUCAAAACUGUUUACUUAAACUGUGUAAAUUAUUAUUCUACCUCAUCAGUGACACCUCACUGGAGCAAAUUUUCUUAACAUUCGCACGUGCACAAAGAAUUUGCAAAUAAUAAACUUUCAAAACUGUUUACUUAAACUGUGUAAAUUAUUAUUCUACCUCAUCAGUGACACCUCACUGGAAUAAAUUUUCUUAACAUUCGCACGUGCACAAAUAAUUUGCAGAUAAUAAACUU